AUGUUGCGUCUUAGUGCCCUCCGUUCGCCUGCUCCUGCUGCUGCCAAGCGCAUGUUCUCCGCUGCCUCUGGCUCGGAAGUUAUUGGUAUUGAUCUAGGCACAACCAACUCGUGUGUGGCUGUCAUGGAAGGCAAAACGGCCCGUGUGAUUGAAAAUUCCGAAGGUGCACGUACGACACCUUCAGUUGUGGCUAUUUUAGACAAUGAUGAACGUCUUGUGGGUAUGCCUGCUAAGCGUCAAGCUGUGACAAACCCAGAGAACACUUUUUACGCUGUCAAGCGUCUAAUUGGACGCAAAUUUGAAGACAAAGAGACUCAGGAAGUGGCCAAGGUCGUGUCGUACAAGAUUGUAAAGGGAAACAAUGGAAAAGAUGCAUGGGUUGAAGCGAAAGGCAAGAAAUAUUCACCGUCGCAGAUUGGUUCCAUGGUCCUUACGAAGAUGAAAGAGACGGCUGAUGGAUUCCUGGGCAAACCUGUAACUCAAGCUGUGGUUACGGUACCGGCUUAUUUUAACGACUCCCAACGUCAAGCUACUAAGGAUGCUGGUAAAAUUGCUGGUCUGGACGUACUUCGGAUCAUCAAUGAACCUACAGCUGCUGCCCUUGCCUAUGGUAUGGACAAGGCGGAUGGCAAGGUCAUUGCUGUCUUUGACCUUGGUGGUGGCACUUUUGAUGUGUCGAUCCUAGAGAUCUCGGGUGGUGUCUUUGAGGUCAAGUCGACCAAUGGAGACACGUUGUUGGGUGGUGAGGACUUUGAUGAAGAGUUGCUGCGAUACCUUGUCGGUGAGUUCAAGAAGGAAUCGGGCAUUGAUCUGUCGGGUGACAACCUUGCUAUGCAACGUCUGCGUGAGGCUGCAGAGAAGGCCAAACGUGAGCUGGAUGGUUUAGCUCAGACGGACAUUAGUUUGCCGUUUAUUACGGCUGAUGCUUCUGGCCCCAAGCACUUGAACAUGAAGAUUACACGUUCGACCUUUGAGAAGCUAGUCGGUAAGCUCAUUGAGCGCACCAUGGGCCCAUGCAAGAAGUGCGUAAAGGACGCUGGUAUCGAGAAGAGUGAAAUUAACGAGGUCAUUCUGGUUGGCGGUAUGUCGCGCAUGCCCAAGGUGCAGUCGACUGUGGAGGAGUUUUUUGGCAAGAAGCCAUCGAAGGGAGUGAACCCGGACGAGGUGGUUGCCAUGGGUGCUGCUAUCCAGGGUGGCGUGCUGCGCGGUGACGUCAAGGACAUUUUGUUGCUGGAUGUGACUCCUUUGUCCCUGGGCAUUGAGACCCUCGGUGGGGUGUUUACCAAGCUGAUCCCGCGCAACACGACAAUUCCGACCAAGAAGUCGCAGGUGUUCUCCACGGCUGCCGACUCGCAGACGCAGGUGGGCAUCAAGGUGCUGCAGGGUGAGCGUGAGAUGGCGACGGACAACAAGCUGCUGGGCAACUUUGACCUGGUGGGCAUCCCGCCUGCUCCGCGUGGCGUACCGCAGAUUGAGGUAAGCUUCGACAUUGACGCCAACGGAAUUGUAAACGUGGGCGCCCGCGACAAAGCCACGGGCAAGGAGCAGAACAUCGUGAUCCAGUCGAGUGGCGGGCUGUCGGAGGCCGAGAUCGAGAAAAUGGUGGCUGACGCAGAGGCCAACGCCGCCGCAGACCAGCAGCGCAAGGAGUUGAUUGAGGCGAAGAAUGACGCCGACUCGACACUGUACACGACGGAGAAGACCCUGGAGGAGCACAAGGACAAGAUCGAUGCCGAGACGUUGGAGAAGGUCAAGACUGCUCUGGCCGAUUUGCGUACCAAGUCGGAGGGCGAAAACACGGAAGAGAUUAAGGCUGCCCUUGCGGAGGUGCAGCAGAUGUCCAUGAAGAUCGGCGAGGCUGUUUACAAGUCGCAGCAGAGCGAAGGUGCAUCCAGCAGCGGGGAUGACAACAAAGACGAGAACGUGCACGAUGCUGAGUUUAAAGACAAGAAGGACUAA